AUGGGACACGUUCCAGACAACAGAGGAAACCAUUCUCACUUUGAAAAUUUGGUUUUUAUAAACUGCGCUAUCAAUAUACCAUUCAUGUUUAUAUCCAUAAUUGGUAAUACACUUGUGCUAGCCGCCAUCUUGAGAACUCCUUCGCUUCGUUCCCCGUCCAUGAUUUUUCUCUGCAGUCUGGUUGUAUCAGAUCUUCUGGUUGGCUACAUCAUUCAACCGUUGUACAUAACUAAUGAACUAACGGAAAACUUCCUACUCAAACAAGUUUCGUCAAUAAUGUCGUAUAGCGUGUGUGGUGUCUCUAUCGCUGCAAUGACCGCUAUAAGUAUUGAUCGUUUCUUAGCUUUGCAUUAUCACAUGAGGUAUUCAAACUUGAUGUCGACACAGCGCGCCAAGUUUAUAUCAGUAGUCUUGUGGUUUAACACCAUUUUAACGUCAUUCUUGGCUCUUUGGAGCACGUACAUUUUUCUUAUCUGUGCACCGGUUAUUAUAGCAAUUUUGCUGAUAGUUUCUAUGUACUGUUACAUCAGAAUUUAUAGGAUUGUUCUACAGCAUCGGUUUCAAAUUCAUGCUCAACAACAGGCCGUGGCAAGCCUAGACAAUAAUCUGAGCUCCAAUCAAGAAUCAAAAAACACAGCUCUUAACACUUUUAUUUACUACCUUGCGAUGAUUCUGUGUUAUAUGCCGUUGUUUAUCAGCUUUAUAGCUUUACAGAUCCCUAACAUUUCCUAUUCAGAAGCAUGGAAAUUCACCGACACGGUGGCAUUUAUGAAUUCCGCUGUCAAUCCAGUCUUAUAUUGUUGGCGUCAUCGAGAACUUCGAAAGGCGGUUGUAAAGACAGCAAGAAAAGUAGGGUGUUAA